GCGGACGCACCUCUGAACCCCGUGCAGGAGGAUGCCGUGGAGCUGCCGCAGCAGGAUGCCAUGGAGCUCGGCAUGGUCGGGGUGGAUUUCAACGGCGCCCCGGCGGAGGCGAAGCGGGGGCCGAAGCAGAAGGUUAUCGCAGGUAUGUUCGCGAACGUGGCGACUGCAGUCUUUGCGCUGACAUGCGACGCCGUCCCCCGCGACAGCGUGGCGGGCAUCAGCAAGCAAGGCCUCUACGGCCGCGGGGCGAGUUGCCAGGAUAUCUCCAGGGCGAGAUCAGGGGGAAGGCUGGGCCCCGCCUUGGUGAAGCGAGUCAGGGAGAUGGAGCGCAGGCAGGUGGAGGAGUUUCAGGUCUUCGAAAGAGCGCCCAAGAAUCUGGCAAAGGGCAAGCGAGUCCGAGACGACGAGCGCUCCGACGAGGACGGCAAGGAAUCGGGCAGAUCGGGUUUCGUGGCCAUGUCGUUCGCCUGGGACGUGCGCGACGACACCUUCGCAGGCACUCCACCACUGGCAGCGUUCAGACGCGCAUCGUUCCUGUUCCAGAACCUGAUCAUGAAGGUCUUGGAGAAGGGCGGAUUCACGCGCAUCAGGGUGACGGUGCAGGUCUAUGACCACAAGCAGAGGCUGCUGAUGGCGAUCGUGCAUGGGGAUGAAUUCCUGGCUGGAAAGAGGAAAGACUCUCUGGACUGGCCCGACGAGUUGGUGAGGGGACACUUCAAGGUCAAUGUGGUGCCGAGGGUAGGCAGCCCGAGGCAAGGAGGAGUCGAGUCAGGGAGCUUCCUCCGGCGGACGGUGACGUUGUGCCCCGAAGGGCUCGGUGCCCAGCGCGACCGCAAGCACGUGGAGAUUCUGGCCAGCACCAUGCUCAACAUGAAGGCCGGUGAGGGCAGAAACACGAAGCGGGCGAUCAUCACCUCCUCCAGGACCAGCGGGAAGGACUGCAGGGAGCCAUCGGGCGAGCUCAGCACGGAGUACGCGACCACCUACCGCAGCAUGGCACCCAUUGCCUUGUAUGUGGUUCAUGACCGAUUUGACAUCCAGCAAGCCGUGGGAUACCUCAUGAGGGGCACGGUUGCACCCACUUGGCACUAUUGGCUGCUCUUACAGCGGCUGGCGAGCUACCUGGAGCAGCGCCCGCAGUUCGAGCUCUUCUUCGAGUUCCAGAGGAUGCCCAAGGUGAUCGUGGCGGAAGUCGACAGCGACUGGGCGUCCGAACCUGGUCGGAGGUCCGUGGACGGGGCAUUCCUGUUCAUUGGCUCGCACCCGAUCGACGGCUGGCACCUGGUUGAGGAACGUGGUGCUGGAGAUGGGUUCGAGAUGACCCUGCAGGUGGACGCGGACAGCUCGGGGGCCAGGGGCAUCGCAUCACUCUUGGGAAGCGGAAAGGUGCGCCACCUGGAGACGAAGUACUUCGGGGUGCAGGAGAAAGUCAGGGGCAGGGCGAUCCCGAUGGCGAAGUUUCACACGGAUACGAACAUGGCCGACAUGCAGACCAAGCCGCUCGAGGGACCGAGAUUCCUGAAACUGCUGGUGGAGAUGGCCCCAGCGAGCCCUGCUGUGAUGGUGAUGGGCAGCCCGACCGCGAGGGGGCAGGUCUGGGCGACGGCCAUCGCGGUGUUCGGAUCGACGCUGGCGAUCGCGUUCUUGGGCGCGUGGCUUGGCUACCGCGUGUGCGAGGCUCCAACCCGGUUCCUGAAGGGUCUCUGGGAGCUGGCGGGGGACGGCGACGACCAGAUCGCUCAGGUGGACGCCCCACCUGGAGAGGAGCAUCUGGCGAUCGUGGAGAGCGGCGUCAGCAGACACACGCAGACGACUCCGAUCAAGCACUACUGGACGUGGAGGGCGAGGGAGCUGCCCGAGGAGUGCGCGCCUGCGCUUGGGCAUCUAUCGAGGACAGCUCAAGUCGCAGAUAUGGAGGACCUGGUGAACGGAGCAG